AUGCCACAACAUUUCUCGAUGUCGUUUCUCACGCUGUGCCUCUGCUCUCUCACUAUACAUCAAGCGUUCGCUGCACCAGUUGCCGCAGGCCCAACUGUGACCAUUUCGGACGGCACAAUUAUAGGGACUGCGAUUAAGCCUACCAACCAACCUUCCCUUAACGCCUCAGCAAACGCCUACCUUGGUGUACCAUUUGCAAAGUCGCCCCCAGAACGAUUCUCUCCACCUGAAGCAGCAUCGUCAUGGUCAACACCUUUACAGGCGCAGGCCAUCAAGCCUGCAUGCAUACAGCAGUUCUCCGGUUCAGCCCAAACGCAAGCACGGAUCGAAGAGUACUUCAACAACCCUAACGGACCAGCUCCAGUCGAGAGUGAAGACUGCUUGUAUCUCAACGUGUAUACACCGCCUGGCGUGACGCCUGACAGCAAGAAAGCUGUUAUGUUCUGGCUCUUUGGUGGUGACUUGCAAUUCGGCACUGGCAGUCUCCAGUACUAUGACGGCAGUUCUCUCGCCAUAACUCAAGACGUUGUCGUAGUUAGCAUUAAUUAUCGCACUAACAUCUUCGGCUUCUCCAACUCCCCUGACGUCCCCUUUGGAUCCCAAAACUCCGGCUACCUCGAUCAGCGCCUCGCCCUUCAAUGGGUUCAGCAAAACAUCGCAUCCUUCGGUGGCGACCCCUCACGCGUAACCAUCUUUGGCGAAUCCGCAGGCGGCGAGUCCGUAAAGCAGCUCCUCGCCAACCCUCCCUCACCUCGGCCGUUCUCGGCCGCCAUUCUACAGAGUGAAAAUGCCAUUUUCACCGGUGAGGGGCUGGCGAGCUACAAGCAGGUGCUUGCUAAUUUCGGAUGCAACGAUGUCGCGUGCUUGAGAGGGGUUGAUGCAAUGCAGAUCAAGAGCUAUAUCGGGGCGAACAGUCUCAAUUUCCCGCCGGUCAAUGGCGACGGUACGAGCAUUGACGAUGUAAGGCCGAGUAUUCAGGCGAAGAAGUGGGCGAAUGUGCCGACGUUCUUUGGCACAAAUCUCAACGAGGCACGAGCGUUCCUUGCGGUGGCGGGCUUGAACAAUGGAACAGCUAUUGUCAAUGGCGCGUUGGCAAGUGUGGGGAUUACAGAUCCGAAGAUCACACAGAGUGUCUUAGCCAAGUAUGCGGCACAGAGUGUGGUGGAUCAGUAUCUUGUCGCUGAUCGGAUCAUAACCGAUUACGAAUUCACUUGCUCGACCGCUACGAUAUCCUCAUUCUUGGCUCGGAAUGGCUACACAACAUACCGCUACCGCUACGACGCGUCGUUCCCCAGCACGGCCCUCUUCGCCAACUCGGGUGCCUACCAUACGUCUGAGAUACCUGAGGUAUUCGGCACAUACCCGGCGUCUGACCAAUUUGGCACUGCCACGACACAGCAGAUUGCUCUGAGCGCUUUCAUGCAGAAGACAUGGGCUGGAUUUGCAAAGAGCCCUGCGGGAGGCGUUGGAUGGCCAAAAGUGGGGAGCGCGCUGGGCAAGGAGCUGGGACUGUUGGGGAGCAAUGGGGGCAGUGGUGUUGACGUUGUGAACACCAUUGUUGCAGACUAUCCGUGCGCUCUGUAUGCGAAUAUUGGAGAUCCGCUGAAGUUAUAUUGGAAGUAG